GCUGGAAGCAGGACUGGAGAGCAUCAGCAGCAGCAGCAGCAGCAUCCAGGAGGAGAAGCUGGACGUCCCUCUGGAGGAGAAUCUCUGCUGAGGAUCCGGUUUCAGUCCGGAGGAGGAUGGACGCUGCAGAGGACGCUGCAGGGAAGCAGGACGUCCACGCUGCGUUUGAGGACCACGGUCUCAGGAUGUAGCCGCUGCCUUCGAGGACGUCGGGACUUGUUGUGUUUCAAGGAGAGUGAAGGUGGAGAAGUGUUUCCUCCAGAUCCUCAGAGGAUGACGGAUUAGUCCUGAUCCAGAGCCAAGAUUCACCCCGAGGAUCAGAUGCUGUCCACGGCUCAGCAGAUGCUGCAGGACAGCCGCUCCAAGAUGGAGCUGAUCCGCCUGCAGAUAAUCAGAGCGACCCAGGCAGGAGGCAGCGGAGACGGGGAGCCGAGGAGCUCCGGGCCUGGAGGAGUCUCUCCUCUGGCCGUCAGUCCAGCAGACAUCCGUCUGGAGGAGCUUCAACAUUUCAUCCAGAGAGAAACGGACGCUUUGGUUCGAGCCAAAGACGUGGUGAAGCAGCUGGAGGGAAUCUCAGCGCUGGACCAGAAGGCUCUGAAUGAAGCUCAGUCUCGGCUCCAGGAUUCCUCCCAGAAGCUUCAUCUUCUGCAGCUGUCGCUGGAAAAAUGUCUGGAGGAGAAGAACCAGGAGAACCUGGAGGUUCCUCCAGGAGAUGAGGAGACCUCAGAGGGUCAACCAGACCUGCAGAACCCCAGAACCAGAGGAUCCAUGUCCACCUCAGCGUCCAUCUACUCCAUCAGACCGGCUUCUUUAACCGGAAAACUUGAAGUGAAGCUGCUUGGAUGUGAAGAUUUACUGAAAGCUGCCACAGACUCGAGUCCAGCGGCUCAGAAACCACACGGACCUUCAGCGGAGGUCAGCGCUGUGCUCCGUCUGGACGGUCGGCCGGUCGGUCGGACCUCCUGGGCUUCAGUCAGCAGAACCACCUGGGACCAGACCUUCUACAUCCAGCUGGAGAGGUCCAGAGAGCUGGAGGUCGGGUUUUUCUGGAGGGAUCGGAGGGAAAUGUGUGCCGUAAAGUUCCUGAGACUGGAGGAGACGAUGGAGAACCAGAACCAGAAGCAGAACUUCAGUCUGGAGCCUCAGGGCCGCCUCUACGCCAAGCUCCGGUUCUUGGACACCGUGGUGGAACGGCAGCCGAAGCUCAGACGUCAGAGAUGCAUCUUCACUAAAGAACGAGGGAAGAACUUCCUGCGAGCCGCCCAGAUGAACAUGAACUUUGCCACGUGGGGCCACCUGAUGAUGAGCAUCCUGCCUCGCUACAGCUCCUUCUCCACCUUCAGCUCCUCUCCAACCUCCUCCAGCGACAGCAGCUCCUCCAACCCGGCCGAGAAGGAGCCUGAAUGCACCGCCACGCCGCCCAGUGACGCUCCAGUGAUCAGACUGAACCUCAGCGAGGAUCCAAACUCUCAGGAGGAUCAAACCUCCAACAUCAUCGCCUCAGAGAACUACUCACCGUCUGAACUGCAGGAAACACAGUCGAUAAAGAGUCCAGACGGAGGAGAAGAUCAGCCGGUUUCUGCUCUCAAGAUGCAGAUGGACGACUUUAAAUACAUCUCUGUUCUGGGUCGAGGACACUUUGGGAAGGUUCUUUUAGCCGAGUUUAAGAAGACGAGUAAACUUUACGCCAUCAAAGCCCUGAAGAAGAGAGACAUCGUGACCCGAGACGAGGUGGACAGCCUGAUGAGCGAGAAGAGGAUCUUUGAGAUGAUCAACGCCUCCAGACAUCCGUUCCUUGUCAACCUUCACGGCUGCUUCCAGACCGGAGACCACGUCUGCUUCGUCAUGGAGUAUCUAGCAGGAGGAGACCUGAUGAUCCACAUCCACAACAACGUGUUCACCGAGGCCCAGACCAGGUUCUACUCGGCGUGUGUCCUGCUCGGUCUGGAGUUCCUGCAUCUCAAUAAAAUCAUCUAUCGAGAUCUGAAGCUCGACAACCUGCUGAUGGACGCAGACGGAUUCGUGAAGAUCACAGACUUUGGACUCUGUAAAGAAGGGAUGGGUCACGGAGAUCGGACCUCGACGUUCUGUGGGACUCCAGAGUUUCUGGCCCCGGAGGUUCUGACAGACGAUAACUACACCAGAGCCGUGGACUGGUGGGGCAUGGGGGUCCUGAUCUACGAGAUGCUGGUCGGAGAGUCUCCGUUUCCUGGUGAAGACGAGGAGGAAGUGUUCGACAGCAUCGUCAACGAUGACGUCCAGUAUCCGCCUUGUCUUCCUCCUGGAGCCGUCGGCAUCGUCCAGAAGCUGCUGAAGAAGAAUCCUCUGAAGAGGCUCGGCGCUGGAGAACGAGACGCCAACGAGGUCAAAGGAGAGAAGUUCUUUGAGACCAUCGACUUCGAGGCUCUUCUGGCCAAGAAGGUGAAGCCGCCGUUCCUGCCGUCCAUCAAAGACUCCACCGACGUCGGGAACUUUGACAGCGAGUUCACUCGACUGCAGCCGGUUCUGUCGCCGCCAUCCAAACCUUUCAGCCUGUCGGCCGAGCAGCAGGAAGCCUUCGCCGACUUCGACUUCUGCGCCCUGCACGGGUGAAAUACUAACGGAGAGGACCAGGGCGGGAAAUGAUCUCAUGUAUGUGCAAAGAACCCCCAAAUGGCAACCAAAAUAACCCAAAUAGUUCAUUUAUAGUUCCUAGAUAGCAAUAUUUACAAGUGAAUAAUCGGUCAGUGGUGUUUAGUCGGAGAUGCAAGAACACUGAGGGGUAUUUUUAGUCUAGAGCUGUUUUAAUGGAUUAUUUCGUGAGCUCAGGGUUGUGGAAGGUGGUGUUGAAUCUGAAGCCCCAACACUUUAUCCUCUGGAGGAAAUGAAACCUCUUCAAAGGGAAGUUUCCCGCCCUGGUCUUCAUGAAACCAAACGACCACCUUCAUUUUCAAACACUGCGAUCUCGACUGUUCAGCAGCCAAUUUAAUAACCAGGCAGCGACUUUUUUGUUUCUACCAGAGCAAAGAAAGUGAUUGUAGCCCUUUAUAAGCUCAAACUCUGCAGCAGUAAUUCAGCUCUUCCUCCUGCUAAUAGAGUUUAUUUAUGAGGUUUGGUCUGGUGAAAUGUUGUACAAACAAAACGUCAGGUGGACGCAGUACGCUUGAAGAGUUUCGGACAUUGUUACGUCUUCCUUUCACAUCUUUAAAUCCUCUUUACAAUUUAUUUUAAUGCUCCAACGCCAGUUAGUUUGCUAUGUACGGGUGAAAUAUAAUGGGGUUUACAAUAAAGUGAUAAAACAAUAGUCUCGUGGGACAUUUUGAACAGCUUACCUGUCUGAGGUGUCGGGGAUAAUUUAUAUCCAAAAGGAAUAAUUUACUUUAAAAACCAUGGAAAUUAUUCCCAUAAAUUAAUUUUUUUUUUUUUUUUUAACUUUAAGAAUUAAUUCUGUUGGUCCAACUUACUUUUCAGUUCUGUAAAAUGAGUUGGCUCAACCUGAUUGAAUUAAGUUGGACUCAAACCUUGGAAAUAAGUUGAAUCGACCAAAAUAAAUUACCUUGACUCAACACAAAGACAUUGAGUUUGACCAACAGAAUUGCUUCAUGCUAAAAGAACGCUAUUUAAUUUUGAGUUUAAAGUAGCCCGAUUUACUUGGGCUGGCUCAGCUUAAUUAAAUUAAAUGACUGGAAAUAAGUUGAAUCAGUGAUGAAUGAAAUUAGGGCUGCAGCUAAUGAAGCCUCUAGUAAUCGUCUGAGCACGAUACGUCAUCAAAAGCGGAAGUGAGCGCGAAAUGCAACAGAAAUCACCGUCCGACCGGAGCGCGGAACACGGACGGACAUCGGCGCUGCAUCGUGCAUGUAUUAUGUAUGCACGAUGCAGCGUGGACAUCCGCGUUGAGAUACAGCUGUAUAGUAAAUGCUGACAUCUGCGCUUACGAUAGAUCGCGGAUGUCCACGCUGCAUCGUGCAUACAUAAUAUAUGCACGAUGCAGCGCCGACGUCCAUCCGUGUUCCGUGCUCCGGUCGGACGGUGAUUUCUGUUGCAUUGCGCGCUCACUUCCGCUUUUGAUGACGUAUCGUGCUCAGACGAUUAGUCGAGGCUUCGUUAGCUGCAGACCUAAAUGAAAUUAUGUUCACUCAACAAUAAUAUAUUAAGUUUGACCAACACAGUUCUCUAAUAUUAAAAUAAAGCUAAUAAAGUGUGUGGAAAUGCUAUCCACCAUCUUCUUUAUCAUUACUUCUCAAAGAGUUAUUUGAGUAUAAACUUGUUUGACUCAGUUUUGCGACAUGAUUUAAUUGUGUUUGUCUUGGAAACAUGGAAUACUUUUGUAGAAAACCCACUUUACUAAAUGUAACAUGCAGCUAACACCACGUCACGUCCUCUUCAAGCGUCCUGUGCGUUGCAGACUCAGCUUGCUUUGUGGCCUUUGCAUAUAUAUACAUAUAUAUACAGAUAUUAUUAAUAUGAAUACAUUAUUUAAAUGUUCAGAGGGACAGUUUGUGCUGCCGUUUCUAUGCAUCACUGUGACAGGCUUCGCCCACUGCCUUGACCAAUCAACGGAGCAAAAUAACCCAGUUUCUGUUUUAUAAGAAGACGUUAGAUCUACAUAAUAUUCAUCAGCGUCGCCUCGACCAACAGCGUUCUGUUCCGGCUGUAGAAGUGCAUGGCACCGUGGUGAACUUGUGCACUAGAGAUCCUGUAAUCGCUAGAAGCCAUAGAUAAUCUAAUAUAGCCAUAAUAGCGAGAAAAUAUUUUGAAUUUAGCCAAUCAUAUUCUGUGAUACAGAGUGAUAUCGGGGCGAUGAGGGAGUUUUUCCUCGCAGCUUCUCAUCGAUGCUUUCAGACUAAGGGUGGAAAGCAUCGAUUAAAAUAAAAUAGAGGAUUUUAAAGAGUAACUUCACACUCGAUCUGCAUUUGAAUCAAGGUAUUUUCAUGUAACGUCACUUUUAUUAUACUCAUACACACAUCAAGUAUUAUAGAUUAGCUGUAGUAGCCUCAUACGGUUUGGUACUGUUGUGACCAGAAGAGGCGGGAAAUUUAGCUCGUAAAGGCGCACCAUGACAGAGACUUCUUUGAUGCUUAAUGACCUCCAGCGAGCAAAUAUACUCAAAUCAAGGCAAAAAUUAUUUAAGAUGGCAUAUGUAAUGGUUGUUUUGAUGGUCAAUAUAACCAAUAAAAAGAAUCCUGAAUUUAUAGGUUCAAUUAUUGAUUGACGUUUCCGUACGUCAAGUAAAUAAAAAAAAAUGUCCGACAGCAGACCUAAACAAAGGAUUGUGCUGAAGAUGCUGAUGCCGUUUAGUUAAAAACUGCCUCAAUCAACUCUCGACAACCCGAGCUAUUAGACACAUCUGCAGCCUCCAUCCAUCCAUCCAUUCUCUGUACACCGCUUUAUCCUCAUUAGGGUCGCGGGGGGUGCUGGAGUCUAUCCCAGCUGACUCGGGUGAAGGCAGGGGACACCCUGGACAGGUCGAGCAGCCUCUUUAUCUAUUACUAAUCAAGGUAAUGUCAUUUAGCAUCACUUUUAUUAUACUGCUCUACGCAUCAGGUAUUGUGGAUUAGUUUUAGUACCUGGUUGAUACUUUUGUGACCAGAAGCGGCGGGAAGUUUCAUUUGGAAAACAAUGUGGAGGUUUAGCUCGUAAAGGGGCACCAUGACAAAGACUUCUGUGAUGCUUAAUGGCCUUCAGGGAACAAAUGCUGAGUAAUGUUUCUGCACGUCAAGUAAAACAAAAUGCCCAACAGCAAACUAUUACUAAUCAAAGUAAUGCCAUGUAACCUCACUUUUAAUAUACUUAUAUACAAGUCAAGUGUUGUAGAUCAGAUGUAGCACCUGGUUAUUUGAUACUUUUGUGACCAGAAGAGGCGGAAAGUUUCAAACUGGCAACGAGAAAACAAUUUGGCUGUUUAGCUAGUAACGGGGCACCAUGACAAAGACUUCUGCGAUGCUGAGUGACCUCCAGCGAGAAAACACACAUGGAAAUCAAGCCAAAAUUCUUUAAGAUGGCGUAUAUAAUGGUUGUUUUGGUGCCGAACACAUGACUAAUAUGAAGUAUUUUGAAUUUGUAUGAUCAAUUACUGACUCUGUUUUACAAAAUGUCCGACAAAAGACGUAAACAAAGGAGUGGGCUGCGGUGUUUGCUCAUACCAUUUAGUUAAAAACUGCCUUAAUCAACUCCCAACAUCCCGAAUUAUUACACAUCUGCAGUCUCUUUAUCUAUUACUAUUUGCAUUAUCAAUAUUUAGUCCAUGAAAGCUUUAUACAGGGUGACACAAAAAAACGGGAACUUUUUAACAAUCCAAUAAAACCAAGAGUGACGGAAUAUUUUCUUGAAAUCUACCUGGGGCUGUCUCAAGGGUAAAGUGUGCACGACUCGACCAAGAACUCUGGAUGAGUUAAAGCAGAGAAUUCAGGAUGAAAUUCACAGUAUUCCAGCUGAGAUGUUACAGCGGUCAAUGAGGAAUCUCAAUGCAUUCGUACAGAAGGGCGCCAUCUACAGGAAGUAAUUUUUAAAAAAAUGAAAAUUCCAUCAUUGUUUCCUAAAUGGCAUGUUCUAAGGUUUCAAUUACUAUGAAUGAAAUAUUUUUCUUCCAUCAAACUUGGUUUCAUUGGAUUGCUAAAAAGUUCCCAUUUUUUGUGUCACCCUGUAUUUGCAAAACAAAUACUGAUGCAUCUACACCCCCGUCAAAAGUUUUAGGACGCUUUCUCAUUCAUUUGAAUGAGAAAGCGUCCUAAAACUUUUGACGGGGGGUGUACUCACUCUGACAGCCUGGAAAUGUCACUUACACCCAUUUUUCUCUUACAUAUCUGUGACUGAGUUCUCUCCAGUGUCAUCUUUAAAGAUUUUUAGGUUAUUUUUUGUUUUUUAACGAGUAAAAGUGGCAUAUUUAGGUUCUAACGGGGUGUUAAGUUGCUCUUUCAACAAACAGAACUGAUGUUUCACAUCUUGAAAUCUCCUGAGAGGCCAAAACGUUCGCAGCUGAAGACACCGAAUCACUGAACCCGGGACAGUCAGCUGGUUUAGCUGUUUGCAGCACUUUAAGCUAACGCUGCUGAAUAUUACAUGUUACUUCUGUGUCAGUACUGUAUGCAUAAAUGUAUGUAUCUGACGAGGAAUGUCGGCGUGUACAGGUGUACUCUGUAACAACAUGCAUAUCAUCAUCCGUGUUUUAAUGUACUCUUGUUGUCAAUAAAUACAAACAGAACAUAUACGGUAAAAAAACAA